CCAGAAUUUGGAUGAACCCAUUUUGUGCAUACGUGUGGUUCCUCGGUUUAUACGACAUCUUCAUUGUUACAUCGAUAUCCCAUUUGUGAAUUGUCCCCUUGUAGCUUGGAGUAACCAGCCAGCGGCAAAAUGAAAUUACUCAAAAACCCUCUACCCUUCUAAACCCUGCCUUAUUUUGAUCAAAGCUUUCUAUUUUUGUGUUUCACGAUGUCAUCUUUGUCUAGAUUCGUUGUCAAAGAUUACAAUUUGCAAACAUAUGAUGCUAUAUGUAGAAGACCCUUGUAUUUGAUUCCUGCUAGAAGGCUACAGGCAGCUCAUCUGGAUGUUAGAGCUGGAAUAUCUGUGACUGAGAAUGGGAUAGGUUGGGCAAUCCAACGCAAGCCAAGUAGUCCCCUAGUUGCUCUUGCGGCCCCUUCCUCCAUCAUUCCUGCUUCAAGGAAUUCCAGAGUUGUGUGCAAGGCUGCAGCAAAUGUAUCCGGAGAUUUUCCUACGCCAAGUGGGAUGAACCAGUACGAAAGAAUGAUUGAAACUUUGACAACUCUUUUCCCUGUGUGGGUUAUUCUGGGAACUAUUAUUGGUAUCUACAAGCCAGCUGCGGUAACAUGGUUAGAGACAGAUCUUUUCACCAUUGGCCUAGGUUUCCUCAUGCUUUCAAUGGGAUUAACAUUAACCUUUGAGGAUUUCAGACGCUGUCUACGGAACCCAUGGACUGUAGGUGUAGGAUUUCUUGCUCAAUACCUAGUCAAGCCUAUGCUAGGAUUUGCUAUUGCAAUGACUCUGAAACUUUCUGCUCCACUUGCAACUGGUCUUAUUUUGGUCUCAUGCUGCCCUGGUGGUCAGGCGUUAAAUGUUGCAACCUAUAUAUCUAGGGGGAAUGUAGCACUCUCUGUUCUCAUGACAACAUGUUCAACUAUUGGAGCAAUAGUUAUGACACCCCUCCUCACGAAGCUUCUUGCCGGUCAGCUUGUUCCUGUUGAUGCUGCGAUUGGCCAAGUAUCUGAAGUCUUGAAAGCCCAAGGAGCUCAGCUAAUAUCGCCUGUAGCUCUCCUACAUGCUGUCGCAUUUGCCCUUGGUUACUGGAUUUCAAAAAUAUCAUUUGGUGAAUCCACUUCUCGGACCAUAUCCAUUGAAUGUGGUAUGCAGAGCUCUGCACUUGGUUUCUUGCUUGCCCAGAAACAUUUUACCAAUCCCCUAGUCGCUGUUCCUUCUGCAGUUAGUGUGGUUUGCAUGGCGCUUGGUGGGAGUGCUCUUGCUGUGUAUUGGAGGAACAGACCACUUCCUGUGGAUGACAAGGAUGAUUUUAAAGAAUGACAAGUUUUCACCAAUAUUCUUUUCUUGUAUCUUUUGAUCUUAGAGAUUUUUUUUUUCCAUUUUUUUGUAGGAAAGUCAGUUGUUGGAUAGGAUGAAUUUUAGUAGAAAUAAAAGAAAUAUAAGUGACUAUAAUCUUAAGUUUGUGUAUUGAGCUUAGUUCAAACUCGAAGUUCAAGUUUGAU